AUGGCGAGCUCAGACCCAACCAUCUCCGACUCCCUACUCGCCCUCAAACGCGCACUCUCCUCUCCAUCCAGCACACCGGUUCUGACCACAUCUCCCGAUCUCUCAACAGACCAAGCAACAGACGACAUCUCCAAAGCCACACAUCUCUACCUGACCGAGCCGAUUCCGCAGACCAUCCCGCUCUCGACCCCAACGCGCUUCGUCUCGGCGGCAGCCAACCAAGCGAUUGAUCUGCGAAGUAUCUAUUUCGCGUGGCUGAAGAAGGAUGUUGCGAUUCCAGAAUACAUUGCCUCUGCGCAGGAGGUGAAUGAUGCGCUGGCAGGGUCGGCGAAGGUGUUGAAUCUUGUCUUCGUUGAGAAGGUGGAUUUGAUCAGUUGGCUUGAAGGAGCGUCGGAUGAGAGCGAGUAUAUUAAGCCGUUUGAGGGAGGGGUGGGUGCUGGUGAUUUGCUGGUUGAUUCUGGCGCGGCGGCCAGCGCUGCUGCUGCAAAGGAUGCGGAUGUGUCUGCUGGUGCGGCGGCGGCGAGUGCACCGAGUGCGGGAGUCAAGGGUUCUGCGGCCGGUGGUAGGGCAGCAAAGAGUGUCGAUGCGCGGUUACAAGCUAUAUACAACGGCGAGCGCAAGCUGGGAGACAGGAAUACGGUCCUGAGAGGAAUUCGACCAACCGACUUUUCGCAUAUCCGCAAGACAGCAGAGCUAUUCCUAGGCCGUAACCGGUCUCGUCCACUCGGCAGCAACAAGGCAGGCGGCAAAUCAGCCAUCCUCCCCACCCCCGGAGCAGGCUCUCUCUCUAAGAAAUCCCCCGACUCCAGUUCCUCCUCAUCCCGCCGACCCAACCCCAUCAUUCUCGUCUCUCCGUCCGCCUCCUCACUACUACGCAUGUCGAACAUCAAGACCUUCCUAUCAGAAGGCGUCUACAUACCACCAGACCAUCCCUCCCUCUCGAAAUCCACGGGCUCUAACCUCCUACACCUCUCACGAAGCCUACAGACGAUACCUGACGCGUCUCGAUCGUCCUCGACGCCAUCAACCCACCCCGGCGCCUCCUCGGCUGCGCGGAAACCCACCCUCUUCAUCCUCGUCGAUAGCACGGCCGACUUCAAGCCUGAUUACUGGAACAGAGUUGUGGCGGUGUUUACGACGGGCCAAACGUGGCAAUUCAAGUCGUAUAAGUGGUCAACGCCGCAGGAUCUCUUUAAGCAUGCUACCGGCAUACAUGUUGGGUGGAGGGGAGAGGAGCCGCCGCGGGAGGUUAAAGGGUGGGGUCGAGGAGUACGCAGCUUCGCAAUCGAUAGAUGGGAUGAGAAGAGCGCGAAUUUGAACGGCCCUGGUGCCGUUGGCGGUGCAGCUGCCAGCGGAGCGAGAUGGAGAGACCGCGGUGUUGUCGAGGGCAUCUGGUCAGCUAUCGAAGAAGGCAUGAAAGCCCGCGGAUGGGGAGGGUCAAAGUAG